AUGAUUGCAGACGAUAUCUUAUCAAACUUUCUGGACUCGAAGGCAUAUGAUUGUCCGGCUGUGCGGGAUUUCCUCCGCGAGAUUUUUGCGGGCGUUAUAUUGGAAUCUACAGUGAUCAGUCUCGCUCGGCCCGAGUUCAUCAAUGACUGGAUCAUCUAUCUCUUGCAAGAUGGUGAGUCUGAAAUUAUGCACGCCAUUGAUGCGGGCGUCGAGGGUGCACGAAACCAGGGCACCAGUGCCCCCAAGUCCUCGGAAACUGUACCCGCGGGGUCAAUUCCAGAUCUAGCUUCCCCAGACAGCCAGAGACAAUCUAUGCAGGCGGAUAGAGCGACGGAAGAGGCAGUUCUCGAAGCAAAACGUCUCAGUGCUAUGAUUGCGUCGCAGGAUAUACGAAGCCCUAGAUCCACACUGGAAAGCGAUGGAUCUCGAUCGAACACAGAGUCAGGCUCAAUAUCAAUCCGUAAAAUUCAAGACAGUCAGGAACAAGGCGAAACUCCCACAGCCACCUUGUCGAGGUCACCGUCACCCACAGAUCUGGAAAGAUUCGUGGAUACACCCCAUUCGCCUCAAGCAAGUGCCCAAGAAAAUACAUCUAUGCCUUUGGUUCUUCAUGGUGCCCAAGUCUUGGUCGAUGAUGAUGGAUCGAGGAAUGAAAAAAGCCAAAUCAAGUCACGACCGACGUGGGAUUACCUACUACAGGUUGAGCCAGCCUCAACACGCUCGACUGGGUGGAUGGUUUUUCGGAAGUAUUCGGACUUCCAGUCCCUUCAUGAGAUGCUCGAGACUGUUUCACGAUUAAAUCGAAUUCAAAAUUUCUCGGAUCGCUACCCUGCGCUACCCUCGUGGAAGGGAAAAUCGAGGCAAACCCUCGCUCGGGAUCUAGAAGGAUAUCUGCAUGAUGCUAUGAGACAUGAAGCUCUUGCUGACACGGAUCGAAUGCACCGAUUCCUGGAAAAGGAUGCUGAAUUCAAUGAACCAGAUCCCAAAAAGCCAGGAUUUUCUUUCCCCAGUCAGAUUGCAUUUGAGAACAUGGGCAAGGGUAUGCUGGGUGCGCUAACCAAUGCACCCAAAGGGAUGGCAGGAGGAGGUAAGGCUGUCUUUGAUGGAGUGACGGGGGUAUUUGGAGGCGCUGCCAAUAAUAAAAAGCCAGCUUCCGUCGCCGAAAUCCAGCCUCAACACCGGAAAAGUCUUUCUCUUUCUAAGACGAAUGUUGAAACCCCAGUCUCCAUUACCCCAAGUCGAGCCAGCCUGUCCAAGGCCGAUCCCAAUCUCGACGACCCUACGAGGACUUCAGAAACUGAUGAUCCUAUUAGGCCGCCAGCGUUGCCUUUACUUUCUAAUGACUCCUUGGAGAUCCAAAGAAGAGAAGCUUCCAAGUCACCUUCGGUCAAUAGUGCGGAUAGUGUCGUCAACCCAAGAGCCAACGAACAGGAACAGGAUACACGGGUUUCAGAGUCGACCCUCGCGCUCUCCCAAAGUACACCGUCACCUGAUCUAAUGACCGAACAUCCAGAGAUUAGCACAAAUGAGGGUGUGAAUCAGACACCGUCACAUCGCCGAUCUGAGACCGAGCAGAGCAAUCCAGGGCUGGCCAAAUUACGCAAUGAAGGAAAGCCAAUCACAGUCGAUGAGACGCAAAUAGCAGUGGAAUUGAUAUUUGCGGUCAUCAACGAACUCUACACCCUGUCGUCUGCAUGGAAUAUUCGGCGAACCCUAUUGAACGCUGCAAGGUCUUAUAUUCUGCGUCCCGGUAGUCCGACCUUGGAAACAAUUCGCGCACUAUUACAGGACUCUAUGAUUCAAGGCCAUACUUCGGACGAAGCCCUUGGAAAUUACAUCACCAAGCUUCGAGAGAAUGCGCUCCCGACAGAGACAGAACUGAAAACCUGGCCAGCUCCACCCAGCGAAGAGGAGAAGGCCCGUCUACGAGAUACUGCACGCCGGUUGUUCGUGCAGCGAGGAAUUCCCCAGGCAUUGACAAGUGUCAUGGGAGCAGCUGCUAGCCGGGAGGCAUUGGAAAAGAUCUUUGAUAGCCUUCAGGUGGAAUCUGUCGCCCGAGGAUUCAUCUUUUCGGUCUUGCUUCAGGGUUUGAGAGUAUUGACCCUGUAG